AUGGAAGGGCUCCGACCGCCGGACCCCUUACUACUUUCCGGAAAUGUAGCCGACAAUUGGCGCAAGUUUAAGCAGAGGCUGGAACUUUACCUGGAGGCAACGGAGGUCGAAGAAAAACCGAGGACCGGAAAGAGAAAGAUAGCAACCUUGCUGCACGUAGCAGGACCCGAUGCAGUGGAGGUUUUCAACACGUUUUCGCUCACAGCGGAAGAAAGAGCUAGCUACACGACGUUGCUGCAAAAGUUUGAGGCCUACUGUACUCCGAAAUGCAACGAGACCUAUGAGAGGUAUGUCUUCAGGUGUCGAAUGCAGAACGAAGGCGAGCCGUUUGAAGCAUUUUAUCGGGACGUCCAGUUAAGAGCACAGUCCUGUAAUUUUUCCACGCUGACUGAUUCAUUCAUCAGGGACCAAAUAGUAUACGGUGUAUGGGACGGAAAUUUGCGAGAAAGGCUCCUCCGAGAAUAUAAUCUCACUUUCAGCAGUGCGGUCCAACUUUGUAAAGCCGCGGAAUUGACGGAAAAGCACAACAGGGCGUGGAACAGGUCUGAGAAAGUAGUCGAGCCGGUGAUGAAGAGGGAGCAGCCGAAGAUUAACAGAAAAUGUGGGAAAUGUGGCAGGAAGCAUGAGAUAAAGAAAUGCCUAGCGUAUGGAAAGGUGUGUCGCCAAUGCAAGAGGAAGAACCAUUUUGCAGCAUGCUGUAGAGCAAUCCGGAAGGUAACAGAUGGGGUGUAUUUUGAAGAACGCGCAGAUAGCGGCGAUGAUUUCGACGUCCUGGAGGUUGGAAACAGCAAAGAUAAUGGCGAUGACUGGCUCGUGACAGCAUCUGUUUCGGGAAGAGAUUUGCAGCUGAAGGUCGACACAGGGUCACAGGCCAACUUGAUACCGCACUCGGUGUAUAGGAAGAUAAGCGCGGGUGUGCCCACGAAGCCUGCGGCAGCGGUGCCGUGCAACUACAGCGACGGCAUUAUCAGCCACGUCGGAACAGCGCAGCUGCUCACCAAGGUCAACGGAAUUGAAAGCACUGUGGAAUUAUUUGUGACAAAGAGUCCUCGCCGAGCGAUUCUAGGCCUGAAGGCCUGCAGACUAUUUGGUUUGGUGAAGUCCGUGAAUGCCGUGGCAAGUGCAUUACAGCUCAAGGAUCCGGUAGCGUCUCUGUACUCCAACCUUUUCCAAGGCGUUGGAUGCUAG